UGCACUGAUUUCCACACUUCGUAUUUUCAGCCACUUGGUGGCAGUGUGGAGAAAGGUCAAAUACAUACAGUAAUUCAAUGCAUUAGACUUUAGUCUGGAAGGAGGUGCAAAGUUUUUGGCAUGACAAGCACAUUUUACAUCAGCAAUAAAUGUUCAUCUGCAGUGCAGAGAAUAUGAGUUUCAUUUCAAAGUGGUAAAUUAUGAUGAAAAUUAUCAUUAUUGCAGUUAUUCAGUCUAUUGUUGUUCAUUUAUUACAACGUACAUUAUGUUUUUAAGACCCAUCUGAAAUGGUAAGAGUUAUCAAAGUAUGUGUGGGUGUGUUUAUAUAUGCAGCAGCCGUAUUGUUGUGCUCAAGGUGAACUGGCUUUAGCUUGACAUUUUACUGAAGCUAAACCCCAUGUGGAGCUCUACAGCUGCUCAGACAGGGAGUGCAGGGAAGGCCUGCUGUCCUCUUUUUCCGCACACACAAGCACUCCUAUCUUGCCAAUAUUCUCAAGAAUGCGUGCUUUCUAGGAAUCUUGCUCAUUUGGUUUGAAAAGAAAAGCAGUGGAGCCUGAAGAGGUAUUACUGCAAAAAACUGGGCUGAUAUACAGUGACUCACAUCAAAAUGUUUUAAUGAGCAGUUCUGUACAUUAUUCUUAUGUUUAUUCAGUGUUUCUGUUUUAGUUCUUCCUACUGCACCGAAGAACAGAAUAAGCUGAGCAUCCGAGUAGACCAGAAACCACAUGAGACACCAGCUGAAGCGCAGUACAGAACAAUCCAAUUACUCUAAAGGCCUGCAGGUAUAAAGGAAGCUGGCAGAUGCUUUAACAUCCUCCUGCUCUGAGUGGAGGAUCAGAGCUGUCUCUGUUGCCCACUCAUUCCUCAUGGGGGUCGUAACAUACUCUCACACACUCACACUUUCUCUCUGGAAGAGCUUGCAAGAGAUCAUGCCAGCUGGAUCUAUGGCCAAGCAUGCAGAACCCUUUCCGUCCAGCUGGUGUUCUUCUACCAUCAUCACAAACUGCAGACUGAGCUGAUUUUCUCCAUGAGCAAUGAUCAGAAAAGACGAAAGCAAACAAACAUGACAGACAGUACGACUUCUGAUCCAUGCUCUGUUCCCAAUCCGACUAUUGUGGACCCGUCGGCUGUGCUAAACGGACAAUGCGCCGCUGGCCAGGAUCCGAACCUACCCAAAAGAGGGAGCCAGGGCGAUCCUUUCAACAUGGACCGGGACCAGGAGAUGAAAAUCACAGAUAGCGUUGAGGGCCAAGGUCUCUUGGAGAGCAGCAUGCGCCUGAAGCCUCACGAAGCUCAGAGUUACAGGAAGAAAGCUUUGUGGGUGUCCUGGAUCUCCAUUGUGGUGACGCUCAUCCUGGCUGUGGCAGGCUUCACUGUAUCCUUCAUGAGACACAGUGCAUCAGCUUUUGGAUUUGCCUUUGACGCGACGUUAGAUGUUCUUUCCUCCAUUAUAGUGCUGUGGCGCUAUAGCAACGCUGCAGCAGUGCACUCUGCCCAUAGAGAAUACAUAGCAUGUGUGAUCCUGGGAGUGAUUUUCAUCUUGUCUUCUUUGUGUAUUUUGGGGAAGGCCAUCCAUGAUCUGGCCACCAAACUUCUUCCUGAAGUGGAUGACUUCCUGUUCAGCGUUUCUAUCGUCAGUGGCCUCUUGUGUGUCAUUCUUGCUGUUGCCAAGUUCAUGCUGGGAAGGAUUUUGACCAGCAGAGCCCUAAUCACUGAUGGCUUUAAUUCUAUGGUUGGAGGCAUCAUGGGAUUUUCCAUCCUCAUCAGUGCUGAGGUGUUUAGACAUCAUCCCAACAUCUGGUACCUGGACGGAACCAUUGGGGUCCUGAUUGGACUCAUCAUUCUAGCUUAUGGGGUCAAGCUGUUGAUUGACAUGGUGCCACGAGUAAGACAAACUCGAAACUAUGAGCGCUUUGAGUAACGCUGGUUCAGAAGUACAAAAAAGGCAUCCAGUUAUCUCUCUCAGCUCCUGCUGCUCUCUCAACUCACACAAUACCCCAAAUACAUCCAGGAAUAAAGUCUGCUGGCAGCCAAUUCAGCAUCAUGUAUUGUAAAAUCACCUCUCUGACCAGCUCCUGAUGUCCUCUUUCACUCAGCACAACAUUUAAGAGAAGGAAGGAGGAAGAAGAAUGAGCUGGUCAGUGGAUCGGUGUCACUCCUGACACUCAAGAUAUUGUCCUGAAUGGAGUCGCUGGUUUUAAACAGAGAUCAGCAUUUAUUGGUCACAUCCAUGAAAUUAUAUUAUGCCACACUUUUAUGUUUUUGUUUCUUAAAGUAUGGAGGAAGACAUUGAUUUAUACUAUAUUAUACUCUUUGUUUAAUGAAAAAUCAUGUGAAUGUGUAUGUGAAACCACUCGACUAUAAUUCAUUUUAGGUCAGUUUUAGAGAUCAUCUUUCUGUUGCAUUGCAUCGUCCCACCUGUUGUCCCCCAGAAUGAUUUAAUUAUAUGGUAUGUUUAUAUAUUAGUGUAUAAUAUUGUAUAUAUCCUCUCAGAGCUAGAGACCAGCAUCGUUUCCAGUGUAGAGGUGAUACUCAUUUAAAUGAAGAAAGCACACAGAAAUGUCCUGAAUUAGGCACAAAUAUACUAUAGGUUAAGAGUCAGUAAGAUAAUUAUAUGAAAUAUCGCUAUUGGAAAAAUAGCUUCAGUAUUAAGAGGAACGGCCCAUAAUGCAUCAGUGAUCUGUCAUAGACAUUGAGUCCUUAUGAGUCAACAGUCAAAAUGACUAACCAGCACAGAAAGCAGCUUGAACGUCCUGACUGUUGAACCAUUUCUACCACCACAACCAGGAAAAAAGACAAAAACUGAAAUAUUCCUCAAUCUAUGUACUCUUGUCUUUUACUACUUUUACUUUUUUCGCUUGUACUGCGUACUGUGCAAUUCAAUGCAAAAUAUCUUUAUUCAUGUUUUUGGCUGCACUGUUGUAUUUUUUAUAGCAAUCGAUUAAUCUGGCCUUUGCUGUGCGAUGAUCUGCUAUGUUUAACCGGUGAUUUCUGUGGCAUGCUUUGCUUUGUCUGUUUGCCACUUGCUAUUGAAUUUAUCAGAUACUCUUUUCGUGCCAAGACAGAAUAAGAUUAGAAUGGCCUGAAGUAUCGUCUGAUGUAGAAAUGAUUGAUUUGGGCUCCAGCAGACAGAAUGAAUGAUCGGUGUAUUAUGGAGGGUUUGUGAAGGCAGGGCUGCUUAUUCCACAAUGGAGAGCAAAUCAUUGGAAAAACAAAGCACAUUUCAGUUUCUUACUGCACUAACAAAACUAAUCUAUAGUAUAAUGGGUUUUUCACCUUUUAUUUGUUUCUCCAAAGAGAUUGAAGCAUAAAUCCAAAUGUUUGUCAUUUCUGACCUACAUAUCUACACUGCUGUUCAAAAGUUUUGGGGUCAGUAAGUUUUUUGUUUUAUUUUCUGGAAAAACAAUCAUUUCACAAGAAUGCAGUACAUUGAUUUAAAAAAAAUCUGUAAAACAGUAAAGAUUUUUGUUUCAAAUAAAUGCUAUUUCUUUUGAACUUUCUAUUCAUCAAGGGAUCCUGAACAAAUCGCAGUUUACAUAAAAAUGCUUUCAAUAUUGAUAAUAAAAAAUGUUUCUCAAGCAGCAAAUCAGCAUAUUAGAAGGAUUUCUGAAGGAUCAUGUGACACUGAGGACUGGAGUAAUGAUGCUGAAAAUUCAGCUUUGCCAUCACAAUAAUUCACACUAUUAGUGUUUCUACGUUAUCUUUGAUCAAAUAAAUUCAGCCUUGUUGAGCUCAAAAGGCAUCUUGCCGACCCCAACCUUGUGAACCGUAGUGCAUUAUAAAAUCCAUUUAUUUUAUUCAUAUAUAAAAAAUGCACAUUAAUUUGAAUUAAUAUUAAUUAUUUAUUCACACAUUUUACACGACUUGCUUCCUAAGCAUAAAGAUGUGUUUUUAAAUCUUAUGCUUUUGUCCCUGACCAUCCCAAGUACAUGAACUCUAAUUCCUGAUCUUUUGUACUGUCUCACAAGCACAGCGUCACACAAAGUGUUCCUGGUUCCUCUUUUUACAUAAUCAGUAUUGAACAUCAGCAAUCAUAUUUUCCUCAAUUUUAAACAUAACUUAUUUUUGCUUCCGUGUCUCAUAAUUGGGACAUAAAUGUAACUGAAUGUAAAAGACUGAUUGGUUCACAGCUCAUCUACAGCACACCUACUGAUUUAUGUAUCUCACCAAUAUUACCAGACAAUCACGAGUCGACCAAUAAGCGCAGCACAGACUCCCAAAGCCUUUUGUCUUUCUGCUCGAUGUGAUCUCAUCUGAAGAGGGAAACUUUAAAGCAGGACAUUUCAUAUUUAUGUUCUUGUACAUCACAGCAAAGUUGUUUUUAUUUAUUAUUGAUUUGUACUCAAGUGAUGCCAUUGGCGUGUUUGUGCCGUAAUGCAAUAUACGUAUCAGUGGAUGUCCUUGCGUUAUAACUUGAAUAUUUCUUCAAAUUCAGUGUUCCAUAAUCCUAUUUAAACUGUACUGACUAGACUGUAUAUGUGUGUGUAGACUGCCCAUGGUAAUGUGCCGAAUUAAUGCUGUAUUAUGUUUACAAAAUUUGGUAUUGAGUGCUUAUAAUAUUCAGAUGUCACAUCACAACUGCCAGAUAGGCAGGUUGAUUCUUAUGAGUCAGUUGCUUAAUUCAUUCAUUUUCAUCAGGCAUAUUGUGCUAGUUUUGUAAGUUUACGCAUGUGUUAGGCUGUAAUGUACCAUCAGCUGACACGUAGGAGAACAGCACUGUCUGUUCAUAGACUUCAGUGGCUGUAGUUGCUUAUCCAUUACUAUAAAGAUCAUCAGGGUCACACAAUUGUUACAUUUGCUUAGUUUAGGUCGUGAUGAUUGUAUAAAUCAGUCUAUAUUCCAAAGACAAACUGACAGCUGGACCCUGCUUUAGUUGGCUCAGGCCUGAAGUCUACUAAUGCCGUAGUUUAGUCUUAAGCAAUAGCCAAGGCCUACUCACUGCUGCGCUUUGCAUGAAAACAACCACUUAUCCACAAAAUGCUGCACAAACACACACCGAUACACACAAGCACACGCAUGCACAGCACAAGCAAAUACAUACACAACACAUUUCUGAUGUCUGGCACAUAGACGAGAGGUUCUGAAUGUACGUUUAUUUCAAUAGUAAUACUGAUCUAUAUUUCUGUAGA